AUGGCGGACGGACUCAAUCAGGCUCGCGCAGUGCGAGUGGCCGAGCUCAUCAACGAUUACCGCACUCUAUUGCUACACAUUUCUCAGCAAAAUGUGGAAGUACACCCAGAAGACGUCUACGAAGAAGGCUAUACCGUGCUUCGAGAAUGUCAUACCGCUGCACAACGCUUAGUGUCUGCGAACUACCAGCCGUGUCCGGUAACCGGCCAGGGUAGUGCCGACACAGAAAAAGCAGAACUACAACGAGUUAUCAUCGAUAGCAGUGCUCGUCGAUUCCAAGCACACAAGAUCUACCUUCGAGCUGCAGCCGCUCGACGAUGGGCUAUGGCUCGGUCUACUGCCCUCCGCGGCCAACGACCAACAGCAGCCCACGCCGCGUCUUUGAAAACAGUCCAUGCUUCACUGCAACAGGAAUUGGCUCGCAUUACCGAUUCGCAUGUAGUUGCUGAUCUUCGGGCCGCUGACCAGCGGGCAGGUCAUUGGCUUGACGAUGAUCCCUCUUUAGAAGCAAUUCGACGCUGGAUCGGGGGCCAAUAA